AUGUUCAAAUUCCUACUGAUCGCCACUUUGUUGGUACCGGCCAUCCUGGCCCAGACACCAGUUCGCCAGUGCCCCAACGGAGCCGGCGUGCCGCAGUCGGUGAACAUCAACGAUUGCACCGGGUCGCCCUGUCCGCUUGUCAACGGUCAACGUCUGCUCGCCCAUGGCAUCGGAAUCACCAGUCCCGUGAACACCAACGGACUCGAGGCGUACAUCACGAUCCGGCUGGCUGGCCUGCAAAUCCCAUUCCCGAUGCCGGAUGGAUUGGAAGAUGCUUGUUCGAUUGGAACCCCUGCCGGAACGUGCCCGGUGUCAGCAGGACAGGUUUUCAACUACGACUUGGACAUCGAGGGUCAAUAUUUGCCACUGAGCGGAGUGACCGUACUAAUCGAGGUUGGCCUGCUAGCGGAUGAUGGUUCACAUGUCACCUGUUUGCAGUUCGAUGCUUUGAUCACAGACUAGACUUGAACAAAGGAUAUAGAUU